AUGUCACUAUUCAACAACCAACGACAAGCGAACAUAAGAGUGGUUUUUCGCAAAUUUGACAAAGAUUCCGACGGAUUCAUAACUGUUAAAGACCUCAUUAGCGUUUUCAGGGAACUUGGCGAGGAUGUCAGGGAAGAUGAACUGAGAGAACACUUUCAUAACGCAGGUAGGGGACAUGGAUGUGAAAAAAGGAAUUUCGAUAAGUAUGAUCUUUUACUGCGGCGUAAAAAGAUGCAACUGUAAGUUCAAAGAGGUAACUGGUUACUUCUCAGCAAACCACAUUAUCGAAAUCUUCUAUCACGUUCUGAUAACUAUUAGGUCUACAAAGAAAUUUCUCAAGUUUUUAAAGUUAGACACUAGUUAAAAGCUCACAGUUCAGCAAUUCCACUGACUGGCUAAGAUUACUCUUUUGAUCCUUACAUAGUACACAACCGUGAGAGAGUAAUUCAGGACUUCACUAGAUAGAGACUUCUUCAUCGGCCUUGGAUCAUUACUUUUAAAUAAAUCAUUUCGAUCUCUGAUUAAAUCCUCUAUCACACCCAUUUCUUGUAAUUACAAAUGUAGGAGGGUCAAAUAGGAUAAACUACAUCUCACCUUCCAAUAUUAGAGCCAGUGUUGAAACCUACCCUCCCCAGGUACAUAAAUUACUGCAAUUCUCUCCCCCUUCCAUCCCUGACAUUUUAUGCCCCCGCUCGAGGUUCACGUAUUUCUAGUUAUUUUUAAAUAAAUCAUUUCGAUAUUUAGCAUUAAACUGUAAUGGUUCACAGUGAUAUGCCAUCGAGUCAACUCGUCGCUUGAACCAGCUUACUUUUUCUCGUUUAUUUUCAGGCCUGGGACACCGACCAAACACGCUUAUAUCUUAUGACAUUUUUCACCAGAUAUCCAAAAAAAUCCUGCGUGAAUCGAGAAAGGAACGACGUCUUAAAAGAGUGUUUCAAGAGUUCGACGCAGAAAAGAAAGGCUACAUCGAAGGGCAUGGGAUACGGCGGGUUCUUCGAAGACUUCACAUUGAUCAUACAGAGUCAGAUAUAGACUUAAUGAUGAAAAUGGCAGAUACAAAGGGAGAUGGAAGGGUACAUUUUGAAGAAUUUCUCCAGAUUUUCAACGACUCAGAUGAUAUAUAA